AGAAGUCGAGCGGCAGAUGGGGGACAGCUACGUGUAUCGGAGACUCCCCUACGCCAGGGGAGGAGAGGAGGCCGACGAGGAGGACGCGGAGGGGAGAGCGAGGAUGCCUGAGAAUGCCGGGAGACAAAUGAUGCAGGGCGAGGAGGGCACGGAAUGGCUUCUGGAGCUGCUGACGGAUGUUCAGCUACAGCAGUACUUAUUGCGCAUCCGCGACGAACUCAACGUCACGCGGCUAUCGCACUUCGACUAUGUCAAGAACGAAGACCUGGAGAAAAUUGGCAUGGGGCGCCCAGGUCAGAGGAGGCUGUGGGAAGCCGUCAAGAGGAGGCGAGCGCUUUACAAACGCAAAUCCUGGAUGAGCAAGGUGUUUCCUGUGAAGCGUCCCGACGCCGACCCCCAGCCGACCCUCACGCUCGGGGCGACGGCGUCCGGCGGGUCUUCGUCCACAGGGGAAUCGGCGGCCUCACUCACCUGCCUUAUCCGAGAGGCUGAGCUGCAGCUGUUUGAGCGUCUCGGCGAUGGUACCUUCGGGGUGGUGCGCCGCGGCGAGUGGAGCGCCCCCAGCAGUCAAGUGCUGUCUGUGGCGGUGAAGUGUCUGAAGGCUGGCGUGCUGGAGUCGGACGGGCUGGACGACUUCAUCAGGGAGGUGAACGCCAUGCACUCCCUCAGCCACCAGAACCUCAUCCGCCUCUACGGCAUCGUCCUGACGCAGCCCAUGAAGAUGGUGACGGAGCUGGCUCCUCUGGGCUCCUUGCUGGAUCGGCUGAGGAAGCGCCAGGGUCACAUCCUGAUCUCUUCGCUCUGCAACUACGCCGUGCAGGUGGCGUGCGGCAUGGCCUACCUGGAGCAACGGCGCUUCCUCCACCGCGACCUGGCAGCCCGCAACGUGCUGCUCUCCACCAACGAGACGGUCAAGAUCGGCGACUUCGGCCUGAUGAGGGCGCUGCCGUCUCACGCCGACCAUUACGUCAUGGAGGAGGGCCACAAAGUCCCUUUCCCUUGGUGCGCUCCAGAGUCCUUGAAGACUCGCACUUUCUCGCAUGCGUCCGACACCUGGAUGUUCGGGGUCACUCUGUGGGAGAUGUUCACCCACGGGCAGGAGCCAUGGCUUGGCCUGAAUGGGAGUCAGAUCCUCCACAAGGUGGACGUGGAAGCGGAGAGGCUCUGCAAGCCGGAUGACUGUCCUCAGGACAUCUACAACGUCAUGCUGCAGUGUUGGAGCCCCAAACCCGAGGACAGGCCCACCUUCGUGGCCCUCAGGGACUUCCUGAUGGAGAGUACGCCUGCCGAAAUGAGGGCCCUGCAGGACUCUGCGGAGGACAACAAGCUCCUCAUUCAGAUGAAUGAUGUCAUCACCAUCAUUGAGGGAAGGGCUGAGCAUUACUGGUGGCGAGGCCAGAACCGGCGAACACUGCGCGUGGGCCAAUUCCCUCGCCACGUGGUGACGGCGGUGACCGGCUUAUCGGCGGACGACAUCAGCAAACCGUUAAAGCACUCGUUCAUCCACACGGGCCACGGCGACACCAAUCCGCACAGGAGCUGGGGCCACGCAGACCGCAUCGACAGUCUCUAUUUGGGGAACCCCAUGAAGCCCCCUGAUGUCCUCGGAAUGGAUCAUUGCACCUCGAGGCCAACCAAGCUCCCCAACCGGGCCAAGAAACAACCUCCGCCUCGUCCUCCUCAGCCCGCGGUCCUGCUCAAGAAGCCCUUCUACGACUCAGUGAUGGAGGACUACGACGAAAACGAGGAAGACGCCGCCGCCGCCCCGGUCGCCGGCACUCGCUCCGGCGCCAAGCGGCUGGGCGUGUCGCUGGGCCUGAAGCUGCGCCCGUGGGAGAGCUGCGGCACCGGCCGGACGGACGCCAGCGAGGUGUCGCUCAUCGACUUCACGGACGACAGCUUCAGCUCCACCACUACGCCCUCACCGCUCACUGAGACCUUGCCACUCGACCAGGAUGCGCUCAAGGACACGCCUUCCAUCCUGGACUGGCCCCUCCCGCAGCCGGCCUACGACGAAGUGGCGGCAGAGCUGCAGGACCAAUCCGAGGACCAGGAGGUGCGCUCCAUCAACAAGGGGCGGGCUGAAGAGCUCCUGGCCACUCCCGCCCCCGGCGCCACGUUGGCUCGGAACGAGUCGCAGUCGGCCGACCUCUUCCAAGAACUCCAGCGAGAGGUGAUGGUGAAGCUCCAGGUUCCCAUGGCGACGGGUCGCUCGCUGCCCUCUUCCCCGCUGCCCCUGCCGCUGGCCCCCCUGGCACCUCACCGGCAGAUCUGCCUGCCGCCGCCGUCGCCCUCCUCCAGCUCGGAGGACCGGCCUGUUCUGCCACCCCGCAGCCCGGCACCGCCGUUGCGCCACGUCAAACACGGCCCCGCGGCGGGCACCAGCCACCCGCGGCACAGCUCCAUCUCCCUGGAGCUGGAAGACGCGCCCCCUCAGCUGCCGCCACGGGACCGAGCCCUCUCCCAACCGGGCUCCCGCUCAUCCUCGCCGCUCACUCUGGCACCGCCGCUGCCCUCCACGCCACCCGUGGUGCUCCCUCCGCCACCACUCUCAGUAUCCCCUCGUCGGGCCUCAGGCCUCCUGGGUCCUCUACUGUCCUCCUCGGCCUCGCCUCCCAAAAUGAUACCGUCGUACUUGCCCGGCUCCUCUUUGGACCCUCUGGCCAUACACGAGGCUCAUGGACCUUCCUCGGCGAUUGAUGGCUCACAGAACUCCGCCCGCACCCCGUUGCCAGAGCGACCGGCACUACUGGAGAGAUACGGAGCUGCCAAUAUGGCAACGGUCAAACCCAUGAUUCAGCAUCCCGCCAGAGCCAAGCCCAACUCCUCCUCCAACAACAACACCGGGCGCGCUGCGACCGCCCCCGCGCAGCAGGAGCUGAGCGUCGCACAGAUCCGAGAAGCCGUCCACGGUGUCACGCUGGACGAGUGUCAGGCCGCCUUGCAAGCUCACCAGGGGGAAGUGCAACAGGCCAUCAACCACUUGAAGGUGGAGCAGUUGUUCCGUGUGGGCCUGCGCUCUCGACGCUCCUGCGAGGCACUACUGCGGCGCUGCCAGUGGAACCUGGAAGAGGCCAGCUCGCUCAUGCUGGACACGUACGGACCACACUGCAACAGGAAGUGACAGCAGCACAUGGCGAGGAUGACUCAUCCACCGAAGGACCAGAGAAUGUUCAUCUCUUGCAUAUCUGUACUGUGACGCGCUGCUCGCGCCUCCUGUUGGUGCAUUAUUCCACACUGGAACUGCUUAUUUAUUUUCAUUAAUUUCAGACAACACUGUAAAGCGCCAUUCAACAAAGGUGGAAAUAAAAGUGAUGUGACAGAAUGA